AUGGUGCGGACCAUGAGACCUGAUGACAUCAACCCCCGGACGGGGCUGGUGGUGGCUCUGGUCAGCGUCUUCCUGGUGUUUGGCUUUAUGUUCACCGUGUCCGGCAUCAAGGGAGAGACCCUGGGGGACAUCCCGCUGCUGGCCAUCGGGCCGGCCAUCUGCCUGCCGGGCAUCGCUGCCAUCGCCCUCACCAGAAAGACCGACGGCUGUACCAAGUGGCCCAAGAACAAGUGUCCAUGCUGCAAGCAAGUCAAGGACCGGGAUGUCAUGGAGCUGCUGAGGACCCCCUCAGAUCUGGAGUCUGGCAAGGGGAGUUGCGAUGAGUUGGCCAAGAAAGCAUAUCAGAAGGACAGGAGAGUGCUGCGGGGUGAGGACUCCGUGUCCAUCUGCACCACCACCACCACCACCACCAUGGGAGAAUGCAAGAGCCUCAUCAGAAAGGUGGAGCAGGAGGAGAUGCUGAGAUACCUGGAGACCUGUUACCCAGAGAUGCCGGGGAAUGUGUUCGUAGGAGAUGGCUCCAUGUACAGUGCCUUGGAGAAGAAGAGCUCUUCUCCCAUCAGGGACAACGCUGAUUGCCCUGACAUCGAAGACAACAUUUUUGUUGCUCCUAAAGACAGUAUCAUUGUCUGCUCUUACAAGGAGAACAGCCCUUAUGACAGAUACUGUUGUUACAUAAACCCCACUGGAGUCAACUCAGACCAGGAGACCAUAGUGUGA